CUUUUGUUUCCAGGAGAAACGUCAUUACCACCCUACUCCAACAAAAAUGGCCACUGACGAUAUAAAGGAUACUGUUGAAUAUUCUGGGGAUGCUAAGCUUGAUGAAAAGCAAUCUAUUUCUCAACCUGAAGGCAUUCCGCGGCCAGAAGACUUGAAGCAAGAUAUGGCUUUGCAAACGGGUGAAGCUGACAAUGAGCUGAAGGAGCGUGAGAGGAGAUUACUCUGGAAGAUCGAUCUUCGUCUACUACCUACUCUUUCGGUCAUGUAUUUAUUGGCUUCUUUGGAUCGCGGUAAUAUCGGAAACGCGCGACUCGGCGGUUUGGAAGCCGAUCUUCACUUAGAAGGCAAUGAUUUUUACAAUGCUCUGAGUAUAUUCUAUGCUGGAUAUGUCUUAUGCCAAAUCCCAUCCAACUUAAUGGUCAAAACAAUGCGUCCUUCCCGAUGGAUUGGUAUCACCAUGACGCUUUGGGGUGUUUGCUCUACAUGUAUGGCCGCUACUAAAAACGCCGCUGGAAUUUUUGCCGCUCGGUUCUUCCUCGGCUGCUUUGAAACUGGCAUUGGCCCCAGUGCUCCUCUUAUUCUAUCAUUCUGGUAUAGAAGAGAAGAAAUGAGUAGCAGACUUGCCGUCUUUUUAGGUUCUUCCACGGUUGCUGGAGCAUUCGGUGGUGCAUUAGCAUAUGGUGUUCUAGGUCACUUGCAAGGAGCUCAAGGCCUUGCUGCUUGGAGAUGGCUUUUCAUUAUUGAAGGCAUACCCACUAUUUGCCUUGGCCUUCUUGCUUUUGUCAUAUUGCCUGAUUUCCCUGCAUCUGUCGGAAAGCGAUGGCUUACCCCGGAAGAAAAGGAAUUGGCCAUCCAACGCGGCGCUUCAGCAUUUAAUACUGAUACUUCGAACUUCGACAUGCGUCAAGUUAAGGCUGCUCUUCUUGACUAUAAGAACUGGAUGACCGCUUUGGUAUAUACUGGUCUGAAUGCUCCUUUAGCUUCAUAUACCUCUUUCCUUCCCACUAUUGUCAAAACCCUUGGUUUCACUAAUUUGCAAGCUCAGCUUUUAACCAUUCCUCCUUACAUUGCUGCCUGUGUUUAUCUAGCCAUCAUGUGCUAUCUUUCAGACAAGUUGAAACAGAGAGCUAUCUUUAUUAUUAUUGUCAGUAUGACGGCAACCCUCGGAUACAUGUUCCUUCUCAUUGGUAACAAUGUUGCUCUUCAAUACGUUGGCGCUUGCUUCGCUGCUAUGGGUCUUUACCCUCUUAUUCCAUUGACGCUGAGCUGGAUCUCAAAUAAUCAACUCGGUCACUCUAAGAGAGCCGUUGCUUUGGCCAUGGCCAAUACCAUGUCUCAAACUCUGAGUGUGCUUGGUACUCAAAUUUACAAGACCGUAGAUGCUCCCGCAUACAGACCUGGUCACGCAAUUUGCUUAGCCUUCACUUGUAUGACUUGGGGUACUGCUUUGGUUCUUCGAUAUAUCUUGAAGAAGGAGAAUGCAGCCAAGGACAAGCAAUAUGGCGUUCCUGGCGAAAUUGACGAAAAGCACUUUGUAGGUGCUGAGGAUAUGUAUGAUAAGCAUCCAGGCUUCCGUUAUAUUUUAUAAUUCAAUUUGUUUUAUUUUAUUUGAUCAAACAAAUGCCCAUAGUUUUAGCAGCUUUGUAUUAGUAUAAAUUUGAGUAAUUUAUAGUUAUGAAUCACCUAUAAAUCUUCAAUAGUUUUUGCGAAACA